GCAUCUACGUGGCCACCAUCGUCACCGAGUGGGACCUGGUCUGCGGCGCGCGGCGCCUGCGGCAGCUGGCCCAGUCCAUCUACAUGGCCGGGGUCCUGGUGGGCGCCCUGCUCCUGGGCGGCCUCUCCGACAGGUUCGGGCGCAAGGCCAUGCUGAUGUGGUCCUACCUUCUGCUGGGGGUGACGGGCACCUGCACGGCCUUCUCCCCCAACUACGCGACCUACUGUGUCCUCCGCUUUGCCACCGGGAUGGCCCUAUCCGGCUUCGGCCUCAGCGUCGCCUGCCUCGUGGUCGAGUGGAUCCCCACGGCCUACCGGGCCAUCACCGUGGCCAUGACCGGCUUCACCUACACGCUGGGCCAGAUCCUGCUGGCCGGCGUGGCCUACGCCGUCCCGCACUGGCGCUGGCUCCAGCUCUCCGUCUCGGCGCCCUUCUUCUUCUUCCUCCUCUACUCCUGGUGGUUGGCCGAGUCCGCACGGUGGCUGGUGCUGUCAGGGAGGGCCGAGCAGGCCGUGAAGGUCCUUCGGCGGGUGGCCAGGAUCAACGGGAAGGAGGAAGAAGGGGAGAAGAUCACGGCGGAGGUCCUCAAGGCCAACAUGCACAAGGAGUUGGCCACCAUGAAGGCGUCCUACAGCGUCUCCGACCUGGUCCGGACCCCGGCCAUCCGGCGCAUCUUCCUCUGCCUCUCCAUCGCCAGGUUCUCCAUCAGCUUCUCCUACUAUGGCCUGGCCAUGGACCUGCAGAACUUCGGUGUCAGCAUUUACCUCAUCCAGGUGAUUUUCGGUGCUGUUGACUUCCCGGCCAAGGCGCUGGUGACCAUCUCGCUGAGCUACAUCGGCCGGCGGGUGACGCUCGUCGUGUCCCUGGUCUGUGCGGGGUGCGUCAUCAUCACCAACAUCUUUGUCUCCACAGAGCUCCAGACCGUGCGGACGGCGCUGGCCGUCAUCGGCAAGGGCUGCCUCUCCGCCUCCUUCAACUGCGUCUUCCUCUUCACCACCGAGCUCUACCCGACUCCCAUCAGGCAGACGGGCCUGGGCUUCGGCAGCACCAUGGCGCGGGUGGGCGGCAUCGUGGCGCCGCUCGUGAAGAUGAUGGAUGAGUAUUACCCGUUCCUGCCGCCCGUGGUCUACGGGGCCGCCCCCGUGGCCUCGGCCGUGGCCGCCAGCUUCCUCCCCGAGACCCUCAACAUGUCGCUGCCCGACACCAUCGAGGAGGUGGAGAGCAGGUUCCAAGCAAAGCGGACGGAGAAGGACCUCAAGGAGAAGAUCCCGCUGCAGGACAAGGCUCAGCCCAAGGAGGCCUGA